CCAAUCAUGCGAGACGAGGAGUACUGGGAAAUACUGGAUCUGUAGCUUAUGAUAUUUCAUUCUGAGGGAAUCGCCUUACGUGCAUGUGAAGUGUGAUCUUGUGGAAGGAAGCUAUAGAUUAUGGAGCACUCUGCAGAAACGGUUGGCCACGAUCCUUGCUCGUUUUCCAGACCAAACCAAUGUCUGUGCACAAACAUCACCUGGUUCGUCGAUGUCUUGAUUGAUAAAAAGAUCCUCGAAUGUCGCGUUCAGCUCGAAUUCGAAGUGAAAAAGGAUGGAGUCAAAAAAAUGGUGAGUUUCGAUUUUUUAUUUUCAUUCGCGUGAGCAUUAUAAAAUGAAGUUAAGGAGGCACGAGAUUAAGUUAAAUGCAGAUGAACUCGAGAACCUUUCAAUAUUUUUGGUAAACUAUGAAUUCUUAACUGAUCGGCUCCAAAGCUUUAUAGCGAGGUUACCAAAACAUGCACCAGAUUAAGGCAUACAUUGCAAACAUUAAUUUUUUAGACGGAAGUAAUUAGUUUGGAAAACUCCUCGCGCAAAUUAUGUGAUCAUGUCUGGGUUCUCCAUCUUUAGAUUGGCAAAACAGACUGCAAUGCAGAAUGUUGCUUCUAGGUGCAAAGUGUUUGCAGUUCUCAACACUUGGAUUCUGAAUCCCUGAGGCGAUCUAUUUAUCAAAUGGUUUUUAAUCAGUAGGGCGUUUCCGUUGAGGCCAGCCUCACCCAGUUCGCUUUGCCAUCUUGUCUAGACAUUUUUAAUUAUUUCGUUUCCCGCUUUAUCUUAAAAUGCAAUUGUCUGCAUAUCCAGCGAUGCUGGUUUCUUCAUGACGCAGCAGUCAUGACGCAGUAGUCGUGUAAAAAGACGUUAAACUGCUAAAAUUAACUGUCUGCCAAUAUUCAGGUCUUGAGUGGCCAGAGUGAUUCAAAUUUGAUAUUAGUUACUGGAGGAGUCAGCAUACAAACUAAAAGUUUACACAGUCUGUAGUUUUGUGAUAUGUGCAUUAAUUAAUCACUCAGCCAAUUGCAUCUUAAGGCUUGUAGAGUUACUAUUCUUACAAACUAGUAAGAGCUUACAAAGUUACAAGCAUGUACAUUGAAGCAAAAUGCUAUUGCCUGACUAAGAUAAGCUGAUUACAAAGAACUGUCAUUCAAAGAUUGCUUGCAGUUAAUUUAUUUAUAUUGAAGAAAACAUUAAAAUUACUUAUCCUUGCUCCUCUGCUUUGUCCAUAUCAACUGUGCUCAUGAAUAUCAUUUUAUGCACACUAUUGUUACCCCAUAGGUGCCAACUCCACUGAGAAGUCCUGUGCCAACACAAAUGAAUAUAUUAUUUUUCAAAAAUUUAACUUGUUUUGAGAUUAUAGGCUAGUUUAUUAUACAUCACCAGUACCAAUGAUUUGACUGUUACUCUCUAUCUUUUAACAUACUGAGUUUGUCAUGUAGGCGCACAUUAUGCCAUUUGCGUGGCAUACUCAAUGCAUCACACAGCUAGUAAAGGGAUAAAUUCUUCAUUUGCACUACUGUCCAACUACCUCAAACCCUUUCAGUGUACUAAUGUUGUCAGGAGAAAUUGCUCAUUAGUGACUAACAGGAAUAAAAGGAUAAACCCUUUCACUCCUGUGAUCUCAUCGGUAAUUCUCCUUGCUGUCAGCUAUAUGGUUCCUAUGACGUUAUUCUGGAGAAUUUGGUAUAUGAUUAAUUAAUAUUCUGGUGAUUAAUUUUUUUUUUACAUUCUCAUCACUUGUCUGCUUGACAUUGUAUUGAUAAAGUAAGGAGAAAUUCUGUCCUGGUCACACAAAGAGUUAAAGCAACAAAGGCUAUGAAAUAAUCACAGUGUACUGAGAUUUACAGUGUUGUUAGUCCAGAACUGAGUGCCAUGAGUCUGGGGAAAUUUCUUGAUGAAUAAUAAUGAAAUAUUAAAUAUUAAUGAAAUUCUUUUAUUAAGGCUCUUGAUACCCGAGACUUGACAAUUCACAGUGUUACAGAUGGUAAUGGAGAGAACCUGAGUUUCAGCUAUGGCAAGAAGCAUAAGGCAUUUGGAACACCACUGAACAUUGACCUUCCUGAUGGUUUAAAAAGGUAAUAUAUCUCAGAUAAGAAUAAUUUUGAUUUUUUAGUUUUUACUCAAGUCGAGUGUCCCCCCCGCCCUGGCCAGAGAUUUUCUCAGUUUCCUGUUCAAGAGACUAAGUGUAUUACCUCUCCCUCCCUUGGAUGGGAUGUCAGUCCGUCGGAAGGUUACCCCCCAGCAUUUCUUGAGGCUUCCCUGACAAUUUGCUGUUACUCAUUUAUACUCAUGGGUGAAGAGAGGCACUGUGGGUCAGAGUAAAGUGUGUUGUCCAAGAACACAACGGAAUGACCAGUGACCCAGGCAGGUCUUAUACCCAGAGUCCAGUGCACUAAACAUCACACCACCAUGUCCCCCAAAAUUGUUAUUGGCUUAAUAUUUAUUCCUAAAACCUUUGGUAUAAAUUAUCAAAAAGUUUCAAGUUUUUUGUUCAUUUUAAUAGUGGUUCCAAGCUAUACCUUACGAUUAAUUACCAGACCUCUGAGACUGCAUCAGCUUCUCAGUUCCUUACCCCUGAACAGACUGCUGGGAAGAAGUAUCCUUAUUUUUUCACCCAGUGCCAGGUAAGUUAAAAAUUAAUCUACCCGAUCAAAACAGUCAAUUAUUUACACUUAUCAAGCUAGUUCCUGGGGGAAAAAAUGAAACCAUUUAAACCUCUUUUAUUAACCCUUAUCACACUAACAUUAGUAUAUAUAUUCUCCAUACAUUUAAUAUAAAUUUCCCUAUGGUGUUGACAAAGAGAAUUUGUGUAACAGUAUAAAGAGCUUCUUUUGUUGGAGAUCAUUUCCUUUAUUCUCAUUCCCUUAACCCUUUCACUCCCAAGAUCUGAUUAGUAAUUCUCCUUACUAUCUGCCAUACAAUUCUUAUGAUGUUAGUUCAGAGAAUUUGGUAUUGGAUCAACUAAUAAUCCCAUGAUUGAUAUUCUUCUCUAUUCUCAUCACCUGCCUGCUUGAUAUUAUAUUGAUAUUGUAAGGAGAAAUUCUGUCUUGGUCACUUGUGGCAGUGAAAGGGUUAAUGCGCAAUUUAAGGUGAUGUUAUAGGGAGAAAUUACAUAAUAAUCACCUCUAGUGGUGAAAGGGUUAAGAAUGGGGGACACAUUUGUCAAGUUAUGAACUAAAAAAAGUUGAGUUUGAAGUUCUGAACCACAUUACCAUUUAGAUUGACAAGUAUUUUUAUUUGUUGUCUUUAGGCUAUCCAUGCUCGCAGUCUUAUUCCAUGCCAAGACACACCUUGUGUAAAAACACCUUACCAAGCAGAGGUAUCAUUAAAUACUUAUUUAAUAACUUAUUAUAUAAUAAUCUGAAUUGAUUGCAUAUACAUUUUAAUUUGUUAGAUUUUUCCUAAUUUUGGUUUCCCUGUUCUACGUAGAAGUUAGUGUCACGAGACCUGUUUUCCAUAUUUGGUAUUGUACACGAGGUUUUCUGUUCAGAUUAAAAAUAGUUCUUCCGCCAUCUUGAUCUAGUUACUGUGUUCCUGGCCUUUAUUCGGAAUACACUACAUAAUUGUUUCUUACUUAUGAUCUGUUGGAGAUCAUGCAACAUGUAGAACAUCAUGCAGGCUUAGUCAAUGCAGUUUGAUGAAGGCCUUGUAAAGAAAUAUGUUCCUCAACUAGGUAACUGUACCCAAAGAGCUUGUUGCUGUCAUGAGUGCUAAGGGAACAGGAAGUCGUGAUGAUCCCCAAAAUCCUGAAAAAAAAAUAUACACUUUCACUCAGAAGGUAAAAGUUUUUAUUUCUACUUUUUAUCAAUUAAGAAUGAUUCUUAUGUUGCAUAUUGUGACUUCCAUAAAUAGUAGUGAACAUAUUCUUCACAAUGUUCUCUUUACCUUUCUUAUGGUGCCAACAGGGAGAAUUUGUUUGAUAAUCAGAAGUUUCUUAAAUUGGUGAUCAUUUCUCUAUUAAUGUGACCUUAAUAUUUGAGUCAAUGGUGAUACUGUGGGAAGAAUUUGGAAGCCAAUCACUCUAAGGAGUUAAAGGGCUAAAUAAUCUCUGAGAGGGGUACAAAACAUAAUUAUUUAUGUCCAAGAAGAGAAACAUUAUUACUAUUUUAUCUCUUUGAAGGGCAUUGAGGGAAUAAGAACUAAAAAAAUUAUAACAAAAAAGUCUGAACAAUCACACAAGCAUGCUAGCCUUGUAGCAGACAUUGUAAAGCUUGUCACAUCACACAAUCAUCAAGUGAUAAUUGAGGAAUGAUUGCCUGGUGUGACGAGCCUAACAAGGUCAGUGUAGGAGGCUCAGACAAGCUUUCAAUUUAAAAUACAUUUAAGCCCACCAAACUUUCUAUUUAAGCCUGCAAAGUGGGCCACAAUGCCCAACAGAGUUAUAGUAACAACCACUUACUUUCAUCCUUAGGUGACUAUUCCGAGUUACCUGAUCACUAUCGCAGUUGGAGCCUUAGUUAGCCAGUAAGUCACAUAAGAAAAAACUUGUCAACAACAAAAAAAACAACAACUUACAAUCUUUUAUUAUCAUCAUUUUUUAAAAUUGUAAUAGUCUUUGAUUGACAAGUAGCUGAGAGUGGCUUCUUGUUAUCUGCGAUAAUAGGGAAAUCUGAUUUCAUUUCACCAAAGUCUACAGGAAUUAAUUUUCCUGGCUAGAUUUCCAAGUGUGUUGAUUAAAUUAUUUACCCUAGAUCUUAGUUAGCAAGUAAGUCAGAUAAGAAGAAAAAUUGUAAAAAACAGCUAAAACAAUAUCAAUCUUGUUGUUAAUCACUUCUGGAAGUUAAAGGGUUACAUGUAACAGUAUAUAUUGUUAUUUUAACUUUGAAUUACUUUUCUGGUAGCUCUUUCAGAAAGCAUGGAAUCUCAUUCCAUAGUUUAGCACCAUGCAAUUCUCAAAAAGGUUUUUUCUAUUUUAAGUUUUGAGGGUUUUACUUAAAAUGAUCAAAGAUAGAAGAACAUGUGUUACACAAGAAUUAUCCCUCCUCUCACGCUGAAGCCAUCUGAAAAGAUUGGCGCUGCAGUUUCUAAACUUAUGAGUGACGGUUUUUUACUUGGACUUGAAUAACUUAAUAACAUUCAGCCAAUUUUUAGGGAGGUGGGACCCCGCUCUAGGGUGUGGACUGAGAAGGAGAUGUUAGAAGUGAGUGCUUGGGAGUUUGCAGAGGUAAGAUAUGAAUAAAGGAGUUGAGUGUCCAACAUAAGCAAUUUGUUAAUUGGUUUUAUUAUAUGAACCGUCCACUCCACAAGUGCAGUCCGAUAGAAAACCAUAGUGAAGUUGAUGUUUUUUUAGUGCCAGAUUGGUUGACAUGAGCCAGUCAGGAAAAAGCUGUCCCUGGUGCACUUGUGCUGCUUUGUUGAAAAAAAAAAAAAACAUUGUUCACUUUUUGUUGCAAAAAAAGAGUGGAAAAAAAAAGAAGAAAAAGAGAGGUUAACAAAGCCUUUACAUUGUAUGCUAUAUCAGUAUGCAUUUUCUCCAUACUGUUCUCCAUACAUUUCCUAAGGUGCUAACAAGGAGAAUUUGGUUAACAGUCAGGAGUUAAUCCUUUAUUCUAGUGACCAUAAUUGGUGAUUCAGGGGUGAUGUUGUUGUGAGAAAUUAGAUGCUACUUUCACUUAUGGAUCAAAUAUUUUUGCCUGCUAAGUUUUAAGAGACAAAGUAUUUUAGUGAAUAAUUUUCAAAGACAAUAAUCUAUGUUAUCUAGAGUGACUUCUAAAUCAUAUAGCUGGUAAUGUUAAUAUUGUAAUAUUGUAAUUUUACCGAGUAAUUUUACUGGUUUUAAUUUAGUUUAAUAAUAUUGUAAUGCGCUUUUGAGUAUUUUUAUAGAAAAAGCGCAAUAUAAGUAUUAAAUAUUAUUAUUAUUAUUAUUAUUAUAAAUUGUUACCUAUAUGUUUUGCUUUUAAGCUGUUUUGUCUGAUUCUUGGAUUUCUCAUACUGGCAGGUCGAGGAACAGCUCUCGAUUGCUGAGGAUCUGACAUUUGACUAUGUUUGGGGACCCUAUGACCUCCUGAUUCUGCCUCCUUCCUUUCCAUAUGGUGGAAUGGAAAAUCCUUGUCUGACAUUUGUGACACCAACACUGCUGGUUGGACCAGGGGUGGGUACUGACAUCCAAUAAACACAGAUAUGGAAGUUAAAAAUUUCAAAAGUUACUUUCCUGAAAUGGAAGAGCCAUUUUUUUAAAAAAAGAAACUAAUUGUAUCUGUUGCAUGGGCAUUGUGGAUCACAACACAAUUUUUUUUAUUAUUUUUUAGGGAGGCAGACCUUUGACUGAUGUAAGUAAUGCCUAAUUUGUCCUAAUAUUUUAUUGUUAGUAGUUUUACUUCUCCCUGAAAAGAUGAUGACCAUGAAUGAAAUGCUUGACAGGGGUACAUGAUAGAGAACAGAUUAGUGUUUUUUAUCCUUAGCCCCAUGUAUAGUGUCUUACCUGUUGUUAUUUCACAUCAAAACACCUGUUCAUCCUCUCCUCCCUAAUUCCCUCUCUCUUUUUCCCUCCAUCUCUCUCCCCUCCCUCUCUUCCUCCCCAUUCCCCCUCUCUCCCCUCCCUCUCUUCCUCCCCAUUCCCCAUUCCCCCUUCCCUUUUCCCUCUUCCCUCAUCCUUUCCUUUUUUCUUGCAUCUCUCCCUUUCUCCUUCCCUUCUUCCCCUUUUCAUUUAAUCUUCCUUUGACUUUUAAAUUCAUCAUCUCCAAUACCACUAUUUGGGCAUUAAGAGAAAAAAAACUUUUCUUAAACACUGUCGGUCAGUUACAUACCCUGAGCUAAAUUGAUACUGUUGUGUAACUAUUCAGGUGGUAGCCCAUGAGAUUUCUCACAGCUGGACCGGAAAUCUUAUCACAAACAGGAACUGGGAACAUUUUUGGUACAAUAUUGUUAAUAAUUUAUAUUUAUUGAGUUGCAGUUUCAUAGUUGUUAUCUUUUUUAAUAUAUUACGCAAUUGGCACAAUUUUUCUAACCAAUCAUUGGAUUACAAUACUUCAAUGGUAAGUUUUCAAUUGGCAAAUUAGUGAUAAACAUUGAACCAAGAUUUAUUUCUUUUUUAAGGUUUGCAAAAAUAGUCUGUAAAAUUUUGAUUGUCAGUAGAGGUUUAUAGUUUACUUAGAUCUUGAGCCGUUCCUAUUUAACAUACAAUGGUCAUCAUGCAUAAUGACUCUAUUAAUUCUGACCUGACAUCAACAUCCAGAUUCUCCUUAGCAGUUUUGUGCAUUCCUGUAGGUACUUUUUGGAGAAAUAUGACUCAAUUCCUGCCCCCCCCCCUCCCCUUCCCUUCUGUUUUAGUUAUGGAAGGAGAACCUGUAUUUUGAUUGAUCAGUCUAAGUGUGAAGCAAGUUUAUUCCUGUUUGCCCAGUUUAUUGAUCAAAGUUUAAAUUUUUUUGGAAACCUUGUUGUAGGUUAAAUGAAGGAUAUACAGUCUUUCUUGAGCGUAAAAUCCUGGGACGAAGGAAGGGAGAAAAGAUGGUGGAUUUUGCUUACAUAGGUAAGCUUAGGGUGCAAUUUAGUAUUAACAACUGAGUUGCUAAAUGUGAAUUUCCCACGGUAAAGAGCUUCAAAGCUGAGACAUUUUAAGUGUCAGCCCUUGCCUCAGCUCUGACGCAGGGCUAACUCUCAAAACGUCAGCUUUGAAACUCUUUACAGUGGCCAAUUUUAUAUUAUCAAUUCAGUUGAUAAUUCUGAAAAAACUCACUUGAUUUUACUGAUUUUAAUCAAUCCUCGUGCUUUAUGUUUUAAUAAUUUUUUUUUUCAAUUUUGAAACUACCUUACUAUUAAUUUAUUUUUCUGGCCAAUAGACAGUUAAUUAACUUGCUCAAUUAAUUUAGAAUUCAACUCCCAGAAGUGAUUAACAUCCAUUAUGUCUCCCUAUAUUAUAUCACAAUUCUGUACAUUUUCCAGCAAACAAGUAAUGGGAAUACUCAAAUUUAUCUGUUAAAAGUUGUUAUCUUGACUUAACACCAAAUUCUCAUUACUAGUUUACAAGGAAAUGUGUAACAGCCGGAGAGGAGAAUUAACAAUCAGGUCCUCCAAAUUGUUGCUGGCUGGGGUUUAAGUGUGUUCCUAAGUAUUUACUUUAAAUCAAUUUUGUUUGGGGAUAAAUUCUUGUUUCCUACUUUGGUCAACAGGAGGAUGGAAAACUUUAAAAGAUCAAGUAAGGUCUACUCUACACUCUUUUAAUCUUUUCUACCCAACUAAGUUUUUUUCAAUUACAAAAUUAUUCUUUGAUCAGAUAUUUAGUGCUAUUACCAUAGGGUGCUUAGCACAAAUCCAUUAUUUCAUGCUUUUAGACCCUAGAGAAUCCUGUGUGAUCCAACAUGAUCCUUAUCAGUCAUAGAGGAUCCUGUUUGUAGGAUUUAUAAUUAGGAAUAUGUCUAUAAAAAUCACUGGACAAUACAACUUUUGAGAACAAAUUUGUUGGUGGUAAAAUGAAGCAAUUUUUGUUGAACAUUGUUGUUUUUGUUGUGGCUAAUUUUUUAACUCUCAGAUGAAAUUUUUAAUUCUCUUAACCAUCAACCACACAAUUCUUAUAAUGUUAGUUCAGAGAAUUUAGUAUUGGAUCAACUAAUUAUCCCCAAAUAUAUAAUUUUUUAUUCUCAUCACUUAUGUGGUUGAUAUUUUAUUGAUACUGUAAGAAGAAAUUCUGUCUUGGUCACUUGUGGGAGUUAAAGGGUUAAGAGUGGCAAUAGACAACUGAUAACAACAAAAGGAUGUGGGCAAGUCAGCAGGAAAAAGUGGAAGUAGUUGCUAUACAAAAACUUGGAGCCAAUCCAUUUUCAAACAGUUUUCAAAACUAGAUACCAGAUGCAGACCUCGUUCAUUUAUUCAGACUAAUUUGAAAAACUGUUUUCAGCUCAAGCAGUUCCCAGAGAACAGUCCUUUUACUAAGUUGGUGGUGGAACUGAAAGACACGGACCCUGAUGAUUCAUUCUCUAGUGUGCCCUAUGAAAAAGGGUCUUGCUUCUUGUACUACUUGGAAAGGAUCCUUGGAGGACCUGGUUAGAACAUGUGAUGUAACAUACCUGUACACUAACAGUAUGACAGCAAUAACCCUUUUUUUGAAUGAAUGAAUCGUUGAAUGAGCGAGCACUCUGAAUGUUAAGAAAUUUUUAAAAAAUGUCAAGUUUGGAUUUUUGCGACAUUUGAUGAUGACAAUUGGCUACCAUUGAUGAGAUUGAUAUUAACAAUGAUGAUGAUCAUGACAAUGAUGAUGGUGAUGACUGCCAACCACAAUUUUGGCCACAAUGUCAUCAAUAAUUAUUACUAUUUUUAAUUUUUUAUUUAUAAGUUUGUUAGAAUUGUCGGUGCAAUGUCAACUCUCUGAGUUUUCUUUAUGGCUAGUCAAAUACCUACACCUUAGUGAAAAAGCUAUGGGCAAAAAGCUUAGCUUAAAUAUUGGGUCAUUUCCAAAAGUGCUUCCGAGCUGCAGAUCAGAAUUAAAUGAGUAGAACUGUUUUGUGAUGAUAGCUUCAGAAACUCUUUACAGUGGCCAAAUUACAGUAUCAGUUGAGUUGAUAAAACCAAAUUAUCUUGUUUUAUUCAUGAACUAUGUCUUGAAAACUAAAUGCAAACCAAGGAAAAAAAGGUUGCCUACCAUCUUUGAAUUAAAAAAUGAAAGCAACAUCCCUAAAUGUGGUGUCUUUGAAGCAACUUCAAAUGAAUGUAAAAAAAUGAAGGGCCAACCUGUCUCCCUUUCCCACAAAUGGCCCAAGACAGAGGUCUCUGACAGACUGUUGUUGAUGGCCUAUGCCCCAGGAAAAGUAAUGGGCUAAGAUAGAGAUAGUCAGAUAGAUUUUCUGCAAGCUUUUCAAUAUCAACAUAAUAUAUUAUUAUGACAUUAUGCUAUUUAUCAUAUAAUGUGAUGUUUCAGAGGUGUUUGAACCAUUUCUGAAGAAAUACUUGGAACACUUUAAGUUCAAGACAGUCAAUACAAAAGAUUGGAAACAUUUCUUGGAGGAAUAUUUUCAUGACAAGGUAGAAAAGAACAUUCAACUCUCUUGUAGUACACACCUCUAGAACCCAGGAUGGAGUGGGGUGGAGUACUUGCUAGAAGGAGGUUAAUGGGAAUGUUUAGCUGUAUGUAGUCACAUUUUCAUGACUGGAUUGACUAUAAUGGGAUUGUUUUUCCACACACGUUUUCUGGAUUUUUAGGAUAAAAAGAAUCUGGCAAGAAGGGAUUAACUAAAAAUGGGAAGAUUUGUGCUUGAAGAGUUGUUUCAUUUGUCCAAAAGUGACAAAGAUGGGGUUUAUAAUUGACCACGGAGUAUAGACUGUAAUGGGGUAGAGGUUCAGAGAGUCCAGCAGCACAUGCUCAGCAAUAUUUGACCCAUGCUCCCCUCUCCCUCCCCCCAGGGCUCUAAGAGAAGGUUGGAAAAAUUUCUAGUCAGUGACUCACGUCGUUGACUGAAGGUUGUCCUGGACCAUGUAUUACUUAUGAAACAAUCAGAAGUACUCUGAGUAAGCCUUCCAGUCCUAGGAUCAAAAUAUCAAUUUUCCAAACUGUCUGCAAUAUAUAUAUUUUUUAUAAUUUUAGAGCUGAGAAUUGGUAGAGUGUUCUCUAGUUGAUAUAUCUCCUUCUUCUUGUUACUUUCAUGCAAAAAAUUGGCUCGAAAUUGUAAAAAGUAAUUCUUCUGUGGUCACCUCUGGGAGGGAAAGGGUCGAUUCAGAUGAUACUUUACCUGCUGGUUUCCCUGCCUGUUUUCUUUCAUGAUGCGGUGCCCAAAACUAUUGAAAUAAACAUCUUAAGCUUGUAUGUUUUGUUCACCCAUUUCAGGUCAUGUGAUAAUACUCUAGAUGACUGUUUCUUUUAAAUUUGUUCUCAUUCACGUGCAUGUGUGUGACGAUUAAAGAAAGGUGAAGUUGGGAAUUCCAUUGAGACCUGGAAUGGGUAAACAAAACAUGCAAGCUUAAGAGGUCUAUUGCCAUUCAUCUGACCUCUAUCUUAACAACCAUUGUUUUAACCAUUGCAGAAAGACAUUCUGAAGCAGGUUGAGUGGGAAGCUUGGCUCCAUAAACCGGGAUUGCCACCCGUUAAUAUGAUCGAGUGGUAGGUUCAUUUGCCUUGACUUCAUGUGCAACUGCUAUACAAAGAGGCUGCAACUUUGAUUAACCUUUUGACUCCCACAAGUGAUUAACAAGUAACUUCUCCCUAUAAUAUCCAUACAUUUUCCAGCAAGCAGGUAAUGAGAAAACUCAAACUUAUCUGGUAGAAGUUUAUAUCUUGAUCUGACACCCAAUUCAAAAGGGGGUAAGUUUCUAAAGAAACUAUGGUGUUACGUCGGUGGGAGAGUAUAACAGGUAAUGAAGUGUUAACAAUUGAGUUUAAAACGUAAAUUAGCCACCGUAAAGGGUAAAAAAGCUGACUUUUCGAGCGUUAGCCCUUCGUCAAAGCGAUAGACGAAGGGCUAACACUCCAAACGUCAGCUUUUUUAUCCUUUACGGUGGCUAAUUUACGUUUUCAACUCAGUUGUUAACACUAAAUUACCCAAUUUACAAGGAGAUGUGUAGCAGCUAAAGGGGAGAAUCGACAAUCAUAUCUUGGUAGUUGAAGGGUUUUAAAUCAAACUCUGUAAACGGCAACCCAAUCUCAUCUCUGUUGGAGCUUUUUGUUAUCCAGUAAUGUUAACUUGUAAUUCUCUUCGUAUCAGGUACGACACUACUUUGAGUUAUCCCUGCACAAAAUUGUGUGACAGAUGGUUGGCGGUUAGUGAAUAUGUAUUAUCUUCUCUGACAAUAAACUUAUGGAUUGUUUAGAUUCUUAUUUUUUUCUUCAUUUAUAUCCUUCAUGAAAGAAUUUACAGCACAACUGUUUCCAUUUCUUUAAACUUAUUUUCUGUAAAUUAUAGUCAAGACCAAUUUUUAAUUCAAUGUCUGAUGUAAUUCGGGAUUGUUUUGAUUUUUCUUUACCUCGUUAUGCAAUUGGUUCAAAAAACUCACGCCACUUGCUUAACCAAUCAGAUUCAAUACUAAAACCAAUCACGACUUGGUUGCACGCGUUUUCCCGCGCUUUAGGCUGUUUGCGCGUUUUUACUUCAAGUUCUCGUUGGCUCAUCAUUAUUUUCCCUUGUUAUGUUUGGCUGUUGUGAUUAUUUGGGAUUUGGUUAUACAAUACUCAAACGAAAAGAGAUACAAGAUCCAGUGGUAAAGUAACAUAUUUUGCAAGUGCUUUUAUUCAUUUUAUAUUCAUUAUUUUGUUUUCACAGCCUGAGUCUGAACUGGGCUCAUUUUCUCCUGAUGACAUCAAAGAUUUUUCACCGCCUCAAGUUGUGGAAUUUUUGGCUCAACUAGUGGAUAAGGUUAAGAAACACAAAACUUAUUCACUAUUCUUAAUUCCACCUGACAUACAAUUACUUGUAAGUUAGUAAACCCUUUCACUCCUAAGAUCUCUUUGGUAAUUCUCCUUACUGUCUGCCAUACAACUCUUGCAAUGUAAGUACAGAGAAUUUGGUAAUGGAUCAACUAGUAACCCCCUAAUUGAUAUUUGUCUUUAUUCUCAUCACUUUUCUGCUUGAUAUUUGCCUCAUGUUUGUGGAGAGAUUUACCAAACAUGAUAAAAGUUCACUCGCGUGCUUCACUGUAUGAAAAUUCCAGCAAAUGAAAUAUGUGCUAUUGCAGAAUUAGGGUGGGUAUAAACGCACAAGCUGCAAGUGUUUUGAAUAUAUAAAGAUUUACUUAAUUUCUUUAAUUUUAACAGACAACUGACAAUCCCUCGUUGGACCUAUCGCAUUUGAAGAAAAUGGAUGAAUUGUACGAUUUUACGUCGUCAAGAAACUCUGAGAUCAAAUUCAGGUGAGACGUUCAUUUCUUAGUAGAAGAGCCAGAGACAGAGAAAAAAAUUAGGUCUGAACUAAUUGACGACUGUGUUGAAUUUUGAUCAAAAAGAGUGAUGUUGGUUUACUUUGUUUCUUCCAUUUUUUUUAAGGUGGCUCCGUCUUUGUGUAAGAGGAGUGUGGCAAGAUCGGUACCCACAGACAGUGACCUUCAUCACCAUCCAAGGGAGGAUGAAGUAUAUCAGGCCCUUGUACAAGUAAGAAAAAUGCCUGUUUUACGUUCCUAGUUUUUGGAACAGGAUUUAUUUGUUUAAACGUUAUUUUAAUUACUUUGAUAUCUCAAAAUGUGUUAACGUUUUGUUAGGUUUUCUUCUUGUUUUCGUAUUCAACUCAGUUCUCGUAAUUUGCCCUCCAGGGAGUUAUAUGCAAAGGAAGAGUCGAAGGAGUUGGCUGUGACAACAUUCCAGGAAAAUCGUGCCUUUUAUCACCCCAUUGCUGCCGCCCAGCUUGCGAAGGAUUUAGGCCUCGAGUAACAUCAAGAGAACAAAAAUUCCGAUGCAGAAAACGUUCGAUAACGCAGUCAAAGAAACAGGAAGGAAAUAGAUCUCCAUUAAAUCUAAGAAAUAGAGCAAUUUUCAAUUUAGUGUCGAAAGUAAUUCGGGAUUCUAACAAAUUAAAAGAUAGAGCGUUGGGAUUUCACCAACGGAAACGAGAAAAUUGAUUAGAGAAAUAAUCGCACAUCAAGACAUACGCAGAGUAAGUAGAAAAAAUUAAAUUCGUUUCGUAAAAGCAAGCUACAGGUACAAGGAAAUAGAACAAAAGACGAAACUUAACACACAAGUUCAAAUACGUUGAGUAGUACUUAUAACGGAUUUUGUUUUUUCGCUGCCAUAUUCCAGUCAACCUUACGCAUAAAGUAAGUUUUUAUGCAGGGUUUUUCCAACUCAGCUUUUUACUGAAAAGGAGUGAAAAA